AUGGGACGUUUUCAGGGAAGAAUCCUCUUUUGUUUCAUAAAGUUAUGUCGAUUCUUGUGUUUGGCGUUGAGUUUCCCCUUUUAUCUGCUGGACUUUGUGGGACUGUGUCGUGCGUACAGACGUCUGUUCCCCCUGCUCGUCUACAACAUCACCUCUUCAUACAACAACAAAAUGCACAAAACCAAGCGGGAGCUCUUUCGAAACUUGGCGACUUUCGCAAACUCCGACGGUUCUCUUCGCCUGCUGGAGAUCGGCUGUGGAAGCGGAGCCAACCUCAAGUUUUACCCCCACGGCUGCACGGUGACCUGCACUGACCCGAACCCGCACUUCGAGCGGUACCUGCGGAGGAGCAUGGAGGACAACAAGCACCUGACUUAUGAGACGUUUUUGACUGUCUCCGGGGAGGACAUGAGGGACAUACAGGACGGGUCUGUGGACGUCGUUGUCAGCACACUGGUCCUGUGCUCUGUGAGAGACGUGCCCAAAGUCCUGCAGGAGGUCCGCCGCGUGCUCAGAACCGGAGGAGCCUUCUACUUUUUGGAGCAUGUCGUCUCUGAUUCGUCAACGUGGACGUACUUUCUUCAGUGCGUAUUUGAGCCUCUUUGGUACUACGUUGGGGAUGGAUGCAUUGUAACCAGAACUACAUGGAAAGACCUGGAGGCGGCUGGUUUUGCUGAGCUUCACCUAAGACACGUAGAGGCUCCAGAAGUUUCUUUAAUGAUAAGGCCACACAUCAUGGGACAUUCUAUCAAAUGACU